GUUCUGGGGGGAAAAUUCCAGAUACAACAAAUGUCCACACCAGUUUUAACCCCAAUUGUGGGAUAUACUGCAUACGGGCAUCACUAUUGUUGCUUACCACAGCAAAAUAUAAGCAUGUUGAAGACAGAUGUACUGGCCAACUUGGCGCAAAACAUGGUACAAUGUUAAAAUGCUGUAAAAUUAUUACAAAUAAGAGUAUAACUGAAAUGAAAAUUUGACUGAAACCAGAUCAAGGAGACACUUGUACUGGUAGCUAGCUAAGCAUAUUAGUUCAUGCAGGGGCGUUAGGGUGAAGAAGAAGAGAGGAUAAAUGCAUAGCUAACUUUUCAUUCCUUUGUUUAGUUGAGAACUUGUUAGUUUAAUAAUCAACUCUCGUUCCAGAGUCCAACUCUGCGACUGUUUUUUUAAAUAUAUGGGCUAUAAAGUUAGCACCAUUUAUAUAAUAAGCAUUUAUAAAUAUUAAUCAUAUUAUUCUAUUUAACAUUUAGUCUUGCUACCCCCAUUUUAUAUAUUGUUUGUAUGAGUAAAUCCACUAACUAGACCUGGGUACUUCAAUAGAAUUUUCAGUAAAUAUUUUUUUAAAUACUUUUUUGAAUUAACUUCAUUGUUGUGUGACCUUUUAGUCAUUGAAGUGUGAAAAGAUGUAAAUUAUUUGGUCUUAGUUGUAUCUCGUGUGAAUGUUACACCGGUCAACCCUCCAGUCUUCUCAUUAUGGCAUUUUUCAAUAUUUGAACACAAAAUUAACUGAUGAUACUUAAUUUAAAGAUUUUAAAUCCUCAGGGACGAUGGCUCGUGGCCAACAGAAGAUCCAGUCCCAACAGAAAGCAGCUAAGAAGGCUGCAGAUCUCAAGAAAAAUGCCACAACCUUCCAGGAUCAAAAGAAGGCGGCAGCAAAGGCAUUAGUGCACAUGUGUCCUGUUUGCAAGGUAGGAGUCAUUUCCAUUUAUUUUUUAAAUUAUAGCAAUUUUUUUUUUUGGUUGGUUAUUUACAUAGACGCAUCUGGCAAAUCUUGUAAGCACAUAAUACAGCUUGAAAUUUAAAAUGUUAUUUUCUUUAUGUGAUGUGAUUUUAGUUAUAGCUUACGCUGGUCAAACAAGAAUCUGCUCUAAAAAAUUUUUCAAGGUUCCCUUUUUAAUGACUUAUUAUUAUUUCACUUUUUAGGCUCAAAUGCCAGAUCCCAAGACAUAUAAACAACAUUUUGAAAACAAGCACCCCAAAUCCCCUCUCCCUCCAGAACUCCAGGAUGUGUGA